AUAUGUGUUAACACCAACGGUUCGUUCACUUGUUCGUGUUAUUCUGGUUACGCUGUGAACGGCGUGAACACAAAUGAGUGUGACAAGACAGGUUUUUCGUUUACGACAUCAUCAAACUGUACCAACCUUGAUGGAGGUUUCGAAUGCAAAUGCAAAGAUGGCUACGUCAAAUCAAACUCUGGCUCUUGCACUGAUAUUGACGAAUGUCAGGGCUUAAAAAUUUGUGGUGCUGGCAACUGUACGAACACCAAUGGGUCUUACUAUUGCCAGUGUCCC